UGGAGAAGGAAAUACCAAUAGGUGCACAUUAAAGAUCCCAAACCAUGACUGACUCCAAGUACUUCACAACGAAUAAAAAAGGAGAAAUCUUUGAGUUAAAGGCUGAGCUCAACAAUGAAAAAAAAGAGAAGAGGAAGGAGGCUGUGAAGAAAGUGAUUGCCGCAAUGACCGUGGGAAAGGAUGUUAGCUCUCUCUUUCCAGAUGUAGUGAACUGUAUGCAGACUGACAACUUGGAACUAAAGAAGCUCGUGUAUCUCUACUUGAUGAACUAUGCCAAGAGUCAGCCAGACAUGGCCAUCAUGGCUGUCAACAGCUUUGUGAAGGACUGUGAAGAUCCCAAUCCGUUGAUUCGGGCCUUGGCAGUCAGAACCAUGGGCUGCAUCCGGGUGGACAAGAUCACAGAAUAUCUCUGUGAGCCCCUCCGCAAGUGCUUAAAGGAUGAAGACCCCUAUGUGCGGAAGACGGCCGCCGUGUGUGUGGCCAAGCUCCAUGACAUCAACGCCCAAAUGGUGGAAGAUCAGGGGUUCCUGGACUCUCUGCGAGAUCUCAUAGCAGAUUCAAACCCAAUGGUGGUGGCUAAUGCUGUAGCGGCACUAUCUGAAAUCAGUGAAUCUCACCCAAAUAGCAAUCUACUUGAUCUGAACCCACAGAACAUUAAUAAGCUGCUGACAGCCCUGAAUGAAUGCACUGAAUGGGGCCAAAUCUUCAUCCUUGACUGCCUAUCAAAUUACAACCCUAAAGAUGACCGGGAGGCUCAGAGCAUCUGUGAGCGGGUAACUCCUCGGCUCUCCCAUGCCAACUCAGCAGUGGUGCUCUCAGCAGUAAAAGUCCUUAUGAAAUUUCUAGAGUUGUUACCCAAGGACUCUGACUACUACAAUAUGCUGCUGAAGAAGUUAGCCCCUCCACUUGUCACUUUGCUGUCUGGGGAGCCAGAGGUGCAGUACGUUGCCUUGAGGAACAUCAACUUAAUUGUCCAGAAAAGGCCUGAAAUCUUGAAGCAGGAAAUCAAAGUCUUCUUUGUGAAGUACAAUGACCCCAUCUAUGUGAAAUUAGAGAAGUUGGACAUCAUGAUACGGUUGGCAUCCCAAGCCAACAUUGCUCAGGUACUGGCAGAACUGAAGGAGUAUGCCACCGAGGUGGAUGUGGACUUUGUCCGGAAAGCCGUGCGAGCCAUUGGACGGUGCGCCAUCAAGGUGGAGCAAUCUGCAGAGCGCUGCGUGAGCACUUUGCUUGAUCUGAUCCAGACUAAAGUAAAUUAUGUGGUCCAAGAGGCGAUUGUUGUCAUCAGGGACAUCUUCCGCAAGUAUCCUAAUAAGUAUGAAAGCAUUAUUGCUACUCUGUGUGAGAAUUUAGACUCACUAGAUGAGCCAGAUGCCCGAGCAGCUAUGAUUUGGAUCGUGGGAGAAUAUGCUGAAAGAAUUGACAAUGCAGAUGAGCUACUAGAGAGCUUCCUGGAGGGUUUUCAUGAUGAAAGCACCCAGGUGCAGCUCACUCUCCUUACUGCCAUAGUGAAGCUAUUUCUUAAGAAACCAUCAGAAACCCAGGAACUGGUCCAGCAAGUCUUGAGUUUGGCCACCCAGGACUCUGAUAACCCUGACCUUCGAGACCGAGGCUAUAUUUACUGGCGCCUUCUGUCAACGGAUCCUGUCACUGCUAAAGAAGUAGUUUUGUCUGAGAAACCACUGAUCUCCGAGGAAACAGACCUUAUUGAGCCAACCUUGCUAGAUGAACUCAUUUGCCACAUUGGUUCUUUGGCCUCUGUGUACCAUAAGCCUCCCAAUGCUUUUGUAGAAGGAAGUCAUGGCAUCCAUCGCAAACACUUACCAAUUCAUCAUGGAAGCACUGAUGCGGGCGACAGCCCUGUUGGCACCACCACGGCAACCAACUUGGAACAGCCUCAGGUUAUACCCUCUCAAGGUGACCUUCUAGGGGAUCUUUUGAAUCUUGACCUUGGUCCCCCAGUCAAUGUGCCACAGGUGUCUUCCAUGCAAAUGGGAGCAGUGGAUCUCUUGGGAGGAGGACUAGAUAGCCUGCUUGGCAGUGACCUUGGCGGGGGCAUUGGAGGAAGUCCGGCAGUUGGACAGUCCUUCAUCCCAUCAUCAGUGCCUGCAACUUUUGCUCCUUCACCUACUCCUGCUGUGGUCAGCAGUGGUCUGAAUGACCUUUUUGAACUCUCCACUGGAAUAGGCAUGGCACCUGGAGGAUAUGUGGCUCCUAAGGCGGUUUGGCUGCCUGCAGUAAAGGCUAAAGGCUUGGAGAUUUCAGGAACAUUCAUCCACCGCCAAGGCCACGUUUAUAUGGAAAUGAACUUUACCAACAAAGCUUUGCAGCACAUGACAGACUUUGCCAUCCAAUUUAACAAGAAUAGCUUUGGUGUCAUCCCCAGCACCCCUCUGGCCAUCCAUACACCACUGAUGCCCAACCAGAGCAUUGACGUCUCCCUGCCCCUCAACACCUUAGGCCCAGUCAUGAAGAUGGAACCUCUGAAUAACCUGCAGGUGGCUGUGAAAAACAAUAUUGAUGUCUUCUACUUCAGCUGCCUCAUUCCGCUCAAUGUGCUUUUUGUAGAAGAUGGCAAAAUGGAGCGCCAGGUCUUCCUUGCAACCUGGAAGGAUAUUCCUAAUGAAAAUGAACUUCAGUUUCAGAUUAAGGAAUGUCAUUUAAAUGCUGACACUGUUUCCAGCAAAUUACAAAACAACAAUGUUUAUACUAUUGCCAAGCGGAAUGUGGAAGGGCAGGACAUGCUGUACCAGUCCCUGAAGCUCACUAAUGGCAUUUGGAUUUUGGCCGAACUGCGAAUCCAGCCAGGAAACCCCAACUAUACGCUGUCACUGAAGUGCAGAGCUCCUGAAGUCUCUCAGUACGUCUAUCAGGUUUAUGACAGCAUUUUGAAAAACUAAUGGACUGGUCCCGUGCCCUCCAGCCACCCUGUGAUUGGUGCAAGCCAAGAGCGCUUAACUGGAAGAAAUUGUGUUGAUGUGUAGAUGAACCCAAACACACGGAGGCCACCAACCAAGGUAGUGACUAGUGUAACCCGUCCUCACAUUAGGGCAUACCCUGCUGGAUAUUUUUAGCUUCCUGUGAACAUGUGUAACCACCGCUUCAAUCACUUCCCACCUCUUGACCCCACCGCUGCUGUCCGUCCUUACCUGCGGGCUUCUCUAUGCUGUGCCAAUGGCUGGCGUUUCCUGCACCUGCUUUUGAGUGUGGUUUGGUAUUUUGUAAUCGAGAGCACCUGUCCACAGCAGAAAAGGGAGGUGGGGGGAAUUAAAGCAGGAAAAGUGUCCCUGAAACAUA